AAAAAUGGCGAUUUAUUAAGACGACAGACGCUUUACCUUUACACAACACAGACAGCAAUUUUAACACUAAAAUACUGUUCUAGACAGAAAAUUAAACAAAAAAUGCGCGGCGAACUUGGAACAAAUAUUUGCCGAGUGUGCCUGGAACCCAACCAGCGCUUACAAAGGAUUGAUGAAUCACGUGAGGAAGGCGAGGAGACACCUAAUGAAAUGCUUAUACAGCUGCUGGGCAUUUCAUUCAGCAAGUUAAAUGGCAAAGAACAAAUUCCCGAUGGAAUUUGCAAGCAAUGCAAAGUGGAGCUCAACAUGGCAUUUCAGUUUCGUGAGAAGGCGCUACGCAAGCAAGCAGAAAUCGAAGAAUAUUGCCGCGAACUCGGACUAUUGGACGAUGGCGACGAUUACCUGGUUAAGGAAGAACAGCAUCAUCAUCAGCAAGCCGAGGACGAAGAAAUGAAUGAAUUUGUGAUUAACGAAACACCCUGUGGUGAAGCUGAGGCCGAUGAUGGUGCACAAAAUGAUGAGUAUCUGGAAGUAGAUGGCACGCAUGAGCAGCAGGAAGUCAUCACCGAUGACAUCGAGUACUUGGAGGAUAACUAUACCAUUGAAAUGAAUCCGGAACACGAGGAUGUUGUGCUUGAAGCCAAAUACGAUGACACUGCCACAACAUCGGAUAUUAAACUGCGUCGUGGGCGCACACGUUUGGGCUUAAAUGUGCUGAAAGCAGAUCAUGAGGUCCAGCAGACUUAUGAGAUAUCUACGGCAAACGCAGAUAUGAAACCACGACGAAGGCGAGUACGUGCUGGUCUGAAUUCGUUGCGCACUUCGGAUGGCACAGAGAAGGGUGGCUACGUCUGUGAUGUUUGUGGCAAUUUCUAUGAGAAGCGUGGACGAAUGAUGGAGCAUCGUCGACGCCACGAUGCAGUUUAUCAAUACCAGUGCGAACUCUGUGAUGCCAAGUUCCAAGUGCGAGAACAGUUGCGCAAACACAUGUAUUCGCAUACGGGCAGUAAACCCUUUAAGUGCAGCUACUGCAGUCGCCAGUUCUUUUACGAGAGCGUACUGAAGUCGCACGAAAAUGUGCAUCGUGGCAUCAAACCUUAUGUGUGCAAGGUCUGUGACAAGGCAUUUGCCUACGCUCAUUCACUGACCAAACACGAGCUGAUACACUCGGACAUCAAGCUGUAUCGCUGCGAUUAUUGCCAAAAGGAUUUCCGAUUGUUACAUCAUAUGCGACAGCACGAGGAGACCAAAUGUCAUCAGAAUGCGGUGAUGCUGGCCGAAACACUUAAAUACGAACGCGAAGAGCAAGAAGUGGAGCUGCUUGCGGUGGAGGAUGUUAAGUUUCGAUUGUCCCAGCAAAAUAUGAUCGCAUAG